AUGGACCACCCUCCCCUCGCCCUGCGCCUGGCCGCCGCGCUCGCGCACGCGACCUUCGCAGCAUCAGUGCUACUACCCGCGCUCGUCACGGUCCGCUGCGCCGUCGGCGCCGACGGCGCGGACCGGCGCCGCGCGCGGAGCUGGCUGAGGUACUGGUGCGUCGCCGGCCCGCUGCUCGCGCUCGAGGCGUCGGCCCUCGGCCGCUUUUUCUAUGGGGCGCUCACGCUCACGGGCGGCGACGCGCGCGUGCUUGGUUUGGCCGUCCUCCGGUUCCUGGUGGCGGAGCGCCUCGCGACCACGAACCUCUGCGACGACUUGUAUGUGGCGCUCGAGGGCUUCCUCGCGCCCCGAGAGGCAAAGAUCCGCCGGGGCCUGGACUCGCUGGGCGACGCCUCGGUGAAAGCGGGCAAGCAAGCCGGCGCCGUCGUGGCGCGGACCGCCGCAUCUCAGUCGCGCGAGCUCUGGCGCGUCGCGCGGUGCGCGGCGGCGGCGAAAAGGGUGUCGGACGGCCUGCGCGCGCGCGCUGCUUAUGAGGCGGCGCAUUCACCGGGGCCGAAAACAGUUGAAGGCGGCGGCGCGCCCGCGGCCGAGGACGAGCUGCCCUUCGAGCCGACGCCACCGACGCCGCCCGGCCGCCCCGCGGUCGCCUUCGAGGAGCAGGCCUCGGGCUACCUCGACGACAGCGGCGACGAGACGCCGACGCUCGGGCCGCAAGUUUCGAUAGGCUCGCGCAAGACGGCGGACAAGCCUCGAAGGAGGGUCCGCUUCGCCGAAAAACUGGACGACAAGACGCCGGUGAAGCCGGUCGUCCCCAUGAUACCCAAGGGGCUGCCGAGCGGCGACGGCAUCUCGUUCUGCGAGGAUGAUGUGUAUCAGAUGCCGCAGCCGCCGACCCCCCAGACGCCGCAGCAUUCGAGGUACGGGACGUUGCCCUCCGGCGACGGCGUGUCGUUCUGCAGCUUCGCGGAGCCGCCGCCGCCGGACCCGGCCCGCUACGCGGCGCUGCCGUCGGGCGACGGCGAGUCGUUUUGUGAGGAUGAUGAUAACUCGCCGGCGUCCGUGGACACGUUCGAACCUAAACUAGAUGUGUUGCCGUCGGGCGACGGUGAUGAUGAUGAUGUUGUAGCGCGACUGAUAAAUGGCACGGUGCUGUGCUUGGGCGGCAUGGCGACGGGCGGCCCGCCGUGCCGCCGCCGCGUUACCUUAAGGAGGGGGCACCUGGAGUGGUCGGCGCCGUUGGAAAAUGACGCGGGAGAGGGCGGCGCGAUUUCCCUCGUGGCCGUGGAAGCGGUCGUAGCGGUGGGGGGACGCAAGCACCGAUUGCGGGUCCGGUCCGCGACGUCCCAGGGCUCUGAUGACCUCUUCCUCGACUGCGACUCUAGGGAAGACGUGCCCGCGCUGCGCGACGGUCUCGAACGCGAGGCGAUGCAAGCUAGAGAAAAGGCGCGCGCCGUCGUCGAGAAGCAGCUCGCGCGCGUGCGAGCGCGCCUAUCGAACGCGUUCGAGCAGCUCAAGUGUAGUAAGUGA